AUGUCGGCCGACGAAGGCAGGGAGAAUCAUGUCAAUACGGAUACUCUGCGGACGGAGCUCAAGAGCUGGGAGAAUGCGUUUAAAGCGAAGAAUGGGCGCAAACCUGGACGCGCGGAUAUCAAGAAUGACGCGACGAUAGCGGCGAAGUACAAGCUCUAUGACCGAGUCACUCGACGAGAACAGACGACACCGAAACAGACGCCUAGAAAGAGCCACAGAUCGAGACCUAAGGAGGAUUUUGGAAGAGAAGAAGCUGCGCAUAGAACAUCUACUACGCCUCGCAAAUCGCCCUCGAAGAAGGAUUCACAGUCAUUACCGCCUUUACAACCUUCUCCUUUCGCCGAGAUCGAAGAAACACCUGCUCAUAUUAGACUCGCAUUGGGUCCCACGCCGCUGAAAGAUGGACAAGUGUUGGGGCUAUUCGACUUCCCAUGCGCUACACCAUCCCGGGAUCUCAACACCCAGAAGUCUGAAGUAGAGAAUCUAGUAGCAGGAACACCUUCUAAACAAACACCAGCAUCCUCAGAACACGCAUUCUCCAAGACCCCGCAAUCUGUGGGGAGGCGCUUCUUUCUGGACGCAUUCGCAGGAACACCAUUAAAACGCAAGCGGGAAGAGCAAGACAUCGGCACCACUAGUGCGAAGAGGUUAAACUCCAACACUCCAGCUUUCUUGAAGAGGAGCUUCCCCAUGGCAUCGAUAGACGAGGAAGGCGCAGAACCGCCGGCUGCUCGUCACCCCUUCAAGAAGCGAGGUCUGGUGAGGAGCUUGAGCAGUAUCAUUCAGGGCUUAAAGAAGCAGGAAGACGAACGGAUGGACGAGGAGUGGGAUAUUCUAAGAGAUAUUGAAGAGGAGCAGGAAGACGGAGGUGCAGACAAGAGGAAGGAGAUAUCAAAGGUAAUGGUGCAGGAUAGCCAGGCGGCUGAAAUGCCUUUGGGGCCCGAUCAGGCUCCUCUGUCGGAUGUUGAGGAGGCUGGGGAGAAGGAGACUGAACGGAAGCCGUGGAAGAAGAAGGGAUUGAAGAGGCAGACGAGACGGGUUAAUAUGAAGCCUGUGCUGCACAGGGCGAAGAAGGCGGAUGAAGUCGACGAGUUUGAUGCGAGCGAAGCGGAGAUCGUGCCGGAAACGCAAGUGGCAGAGCAGACGAAGGAAGGCGCAGAUGACGGUGAUGGCUCAGAAUCGGACUUUAACGAGGGCGAAAAGAGGACGACAGCCAAAAGCAAGCCAACCGCAAAGAAACCGCCAACCAAAGAGAAAGACAAAGAAGGCAAGGAAGCCUCGAAAAAGAAGCCCCGAAAGGUCAACCCCGACGCCCACGCCAACUUCCGAAAGCUCAACAUCAAGAACAAAAACUCGAAAGCCAACGGACGAGGGAAGAGAUUCGGAAGGCGCUGA